CAUUGUGUAUUUGCAUUUCAGAUGCCAGCUCUAUAUCUGCCACAGAAGACUUCCCCUUCCAGAAACACAUUUUGCUUUUCAACAUCUCCAUUCCUAGGCAUGAGCAGAUCACGAGGGCAGAGCUCCGACUCUACAUCUCCUGUCAAAGUCACGAGGACCCCUCUCAUGAGUUGAAAGGAAACAUGGUCAUUUAUGAUGUUCUGGAUGGAGCAGACACAUGGGACGAUUCUACAGGAACCAAGACCUUCCUGGUGUCCCAGGACAUUCGUGACGAGGGCUGGGAGACCUUUGAGGUCUCCAGUGCUGUGAAGCGGUGGGUCAGAGCAGACUCCACCAAGAGCAAAAACAAACUGGAAGUGACUGUGGAGAGUCACAGAAAAGGAUGUGACAAGCUGGAUAUCAGUGUCCCCCCAGGCUCCAAAAACCUGCCCUUCUUCGUUGUCUUCUCCAAUGACCGCAGCAAUGGGACCAAGGAGACCAGGCUGGAGCUCAGGGAGAUGAUUGGCCAUGAGCAGGAGAGUGUGCUAAAGAAGUUGUCCAACAAUGACCCAGAGGAGGCAGGUGAGAUAAAGGAUGAGGAGGAGGACUUGGAAAGCCACAUUGUGGCCGCAAGGUCGUCCUUAACCAGGCAGAAGAGGAGUGUUGGGGCCAACAACCACUGUCAGAAGACCUCCCUGAGGGUUAACUUCGAGGACAUUGGCUGGGACAGUUGGAUCAUCGCGCCCAAAGAGUACGAUGCCUACGAGUGCAAAGGUGGCUGCUUCUUCCCCCUGGCUGAUGAUGUGACACCAACGAAACACGCCAUUGUGCAGACCCUGGUGCAUCUCAAGUUCCCCAUGAAGGUGGGCAAGGCCUGCUGCGUGCCCACCAAACUGAGCCCCAUCUCCAUCCUCUACAAGGAUGACAUGGGGGUCCCCACCCUCAAGUACCACUAUGAAGGGAUGAGCGUGGCAGAGUGUGGGUGCAGGUAGUGCCGGCCUGCAGGCGGGGAGGCCAGGUGGGGGAGGGUCCUAAUGAGAGGUCCUGCAUCCUCCUGGGUAUGACAGGGACUGAGUCCAUCUGCAUGCCAGCCUGAGAAGGAAAGGAGCUGUCACACCCUCCAGGUAAAAGCCUGCUCUCCCUCUCAUGGCCCAACCCAAGCACAUCACUGGGUUUAACAGCAGGGGAAGGCAAUGACAAGGGGACAUACAGAUCUGGGGAGAAGAGGGAAGCCUGGAAGGGUUGUUUGGGUUGAAGGGGAAAUGAUGAGAAGUGGACAAGAGGAAAAAUAAUCCAGAGUCAGCAGAACACUGAGCAGAGGUGAGCCAGAGGAGUAUAGACUGUAGGUGAUGUGCAGAGAUUUACAGAAAUUCAAGGAGUUGAGGAGGAUGAGGCUUAUUCCAAUAACCUCAGGGAGUACAGAGGAAAGGAGCAGGCUCUGUGUUCUAUACCCACCAUUUCUCAUAUUCCCACAGCCCAGUGAGAUGGGCGUUAUGACCCCCAGUUUAUACAUGCAGAACCCAAAGCCCAGGCAGGCCCAGUAGCCCCAGUCAAUGGCCUGAUUUCAUUGCAUAGGUUUAUAGGUUUGUCCCUCGCCAAAGCUCAAGACCUUCUCACAUGCCCCAUCACAAUUUAACAGGCCACCUUGUAGCUAAAGGACAAUUAGAUGUUGGGAGGUGGGGAGUGCGGCCAGCACUCACCAGUAUGACUGGGCUGCCUGUCACAUCCAGGACACAUCCUAACUGCUCAGUGCCUGUACUGAGUCAGUGGCCAAAUGCUUUUUUAAGAUCACCACCCAAGUCAGUGAAAAACUACCCCAAACCAACAACAGAAUGGAGAAAAUCAGGACAGCAACACUGGGCCACAGCAUGCAUUGUGGCCAGAGCUACUUUGACCCACUGGCACAGUGCUUGGAUGGCCAGCAGUUCACAC